GGCAAAAAAAAAUGACGUUGCUUAAAAAAAUCGACGAGAAAGAAGCCGAGCGAAGCCUAAAAGACCGACCUUUAUUCCCGCAUCCUUCUCGGCCGACUAUCUUCUUCGGAGAGAUUCUUAGGGUUUGGAGGGUUUUGUCCCUUUCCUAAUCUCAUUUCUGGGUCCUUCUCUAUUUUUGUUCUAGAAUUCGAUUUUCGUCUCCGCGAUUGCGAUUUCGUUUCUGGUUUCAUGACGGGUUUUGUUGGUGAUUGAUCAGUAACCGAUCGAGGAAGGGACUCCUCGGGCCAAACAGAUGCAGAAUGGAGCAUGACGAGACCGGAUGCCAAACCCCGCCCGAUUGUCCGAAACUUUGUAUCAAAAACUGCGGAUUCUUUGGCAGCUCGGCCACGAUGAACAUGUGUUCGAAGUGCCACAGGGCUAUGUCGUUUCAACAAGAACAGCAAGCUAAGCUUGCUUCUGUCGUGUCUGGAUCAUCAUCAUCAUCCGUAAUCAUCAUCACUGUCAAGAAAACUGUUUCAGAUGCAUCCGUGGAUGCUCAAGCUAAACCCGUGGACCCGUUUCCGUCAGACAUGUUCCGCCAUUGGAACGAAGCCUAAGGAGGAUCCAAGCCGACGCUGUACCUGUAAUAAACGAGCUGGGUUGACUAGUUUCGGAUGUCGGUACGUGCGGGGAUAGCCUCUGUGGGCCACACCGAUGUGGAAAAACACGAAUGCAGGUACGAUUACCGUGAAGCUGGGCAUGGAGCCAUAGCGAAAAGCGAACCCGGUUGUGAAGGCAGAGAAGCUCGGAAAAAUCUGAAUCCCGUCUCGAAAGCAUUCGCUCAUCCAUCAAACUACAGCCUCCUAAGUUUUCUUGUGAAAACAAACCCUUUUAUCAGACAAGAGGAAGGAACACAUCAUGGAGAACAAGACCGGUGAAUCAACUUUGAAGAUGGACGAUUACGAGGUUCUUGAACAGAUCGGUAGAGGCGCUUUCGGAUCCGCUUUUCUCGUUCUUCACAAAUCCGAGAGACAAAAAUACGUGGUGAAGAAGAUUCGUUUAGCUAAGCAAACCGAGAGAUGCAAGCGUGCUGCCCUUCAAGAGAUGGCUUUGAUAUCUAAGCUCAAGAAUCCGUACAUUGUGGAGUACAAAGAUUCGUGGGUGGAGAAGGAUUGUGUAUGUAUAGUAACGAGUUACUGCGAGGGCCGAGACAUGGCUCAGAUGAUAAAGAAAUCCAAAGGAACACUUGUGUCGGAAGAAAAACUCUGCAGAUGGAUGGUACAGCUAUUGCUAGCUAUAGAUUACCUCCAUUCCAAUCGGGUUCUUCACCGUGAUCUUAAGUGCUCGAACGUAUUCCUCACGAAAGAAAACGAGAUUCGGUUAGGAGACUUUGGCCUCGCGAAACUCCUCAGCAAAGACGAGCUCGCUUCCUCGGUCGUAGGAACACCAAACUACAUGUGCCCCGAGCUUCUCGCGGAUAUUCCAUAUGGAUACAAAUCAGAUAUAUGGUCUUUAGGUUGCUGCAUGUUCGAAGUAGCUGCACAUCAGCCGGCUUUCAAGGCUCCCGACAUGGCAGGACUCAUCAACAAGAUCAACCGCUCCUCUCUUUCUCCUCUCCCGGUCAUGUAUUCAUCUUCACUUAAGAGACUGAUCAAGAGCAUGCUUCGCAAGAAUCCCGAGCACAGACCUACAGCCGCGGAAUUGUUGAGGCAUCCUCACUUGCAACCGUAUCUUGCACAAUGCCAACAUAUUUCGCCUGUCUUCAAGCCGAUAGUAUCCAAAUCCAACGAGAACAGAGCCAACGAAACUCGUCCUCCCCUCGCCAAAACUUGGGCGAGCCCUCCAAUGGAGAGAGAGAAAGUGGCGAGGGAAUGCAAGGACGAGGAGAUAUCGUUGAUAAGCACGCUGACCAUGCUACGAGAGUAUCAGAAGAAAAUCCCGAGGAGCGAGGAGAGGGCGGAAGCGUUGGAAUCUCUGCUGGAGAUUUGCGCGGGUUUGCUUAGGCAAGAGAAGUUCGAGGAACUCGAGGGGAUCUUGAAACCCUUUGGAGACGAAGCCGUUUCGUCGAGAGAAACCGCGAUUUGGCUCACCAAAAGCCUCAUGAAUUUGCAGAGAAAGCAAUCAGAAACCGCCCCUUGAAAGAAAAACAAGUGAUCGCAGCGAUUUCUUUUGCAUUUAAACAUCAAUCUUACAUUUGUGUGAUAUUGUAUACGUACAACGGCGCUUUUUCAGUAUCAAUAUAACUUAUGUUUUAAAAAACAACGUAUUUUAGAUUCAUAAUAUUGACAGGACAA